UUCACUGACACUUGUGAAACAAACUCACACGUCAACAGAGGGCGUGUCCCGAGACGAGUCCUAGCCUGUCAUUGGAUGUCAUUUGAUUGACGUGCUCACGUGGGCGUUAGAGUGCAGGAAGUUUCUAAUGAAUCGCUGUUGUGUUUUGAGUCCCAGACCAUGAACUACGUGGGUCAGCUGGCCGAGACGGUGUUUGUGACGGUGAAGGAGCUUUAUCGCGGUCUGAACCCGGCCACACUCACCGGUGGCAUCGACGUGAUCGUGGUUCGCCAGCCUGAUGGCACUUACCAGUGUUCCCCGUUCCACGUCCGCUUCGGGAAACUGGGAGUCCUGCGGUCCAAAGAGAAAGUGGUGGAUAUCGAGAUCAACGGGGAGCCUGUGAGCCUGCAUAUGAAGCUGGGAGAUAAUGGAGAGGCGUUCUUCGUGGAGGAGAACGAGGAUUUUGAGACGAGGGUUCCCGCUCAUCUCUGCACCUCUCCGAUCCCCACUGAUGUUCUCGAAGUGUCCGAGACAACCGAGUCUUCCGUCACGUCUUCCUCCAGUCGACGCAAAAAACGCCGGCGUAAACGUGCUCGUUCAGACAACCAUCAGCAGCGUGAGGACGACAGAUCCUCCUCGGACGAGAAGGGAGAAAGUCUAGACCAGGAUUUCCUCAAGGACGAGUCGCUUUUGGCGGCCAGUAAGUCUAUAUACUUCUCGCUGUCAGAGGAACCCUACGAGGAAUCGUGUGGCGCUCCGAGAGACGUUCAUCCUCACUCUGAGGGAGAGUGUUCUGUUAGCGAGAGUGUGUUCUACAGUCGGCCCUCCUCUCCUAAGAGUGAUUCUGAGUUAUGCAAGCCGCAGGAGUCUUUAGGACCUCAGAUGCAGUGGAACUGGGGCGCUUUUCCAAAGGUGUGUCAGGCAGAGAGGGAUGAAUCUGAUUCGCUGCCCUCCUCCAUUACGCCCGCUGACCACUCCCACUUUCGUACCAUCCAUCGGCAAUCAUCCUUCGACAGUGACAACCCUGACUCUGUUGUGACUGUGGUGAGACCAGAACCUCAGAUUGGUACGACCAGCCAUGACCAAGUGGUUUCUUCAUCCUUUAAGGUCACCGAAACGGAUGUAGUGACCUUUCAAUCCGCAGACGACUCCUUGACCACACUGGAAAACAUCGAGAUUAGAGACUUAACAUCUGAAACUGUUAGCAGCACAGACAAUGAUACUAAAACGUAUGAUAUAACUAGCUCUGCUAAUACAAUCCAUGGGACCAAUGCUGUCAACAAUGCAGGUAUUUCAGAUGCUGACAUAGAAAGCCAAGAGACCUGGGAUGAGGAUAAUAUCUCCAAAAUCCAAACCAUUACCCAUGUCACGUUCAGUGAGACUGAAUCAAAGGUUUUAGAAGCAGAAACUGAAAUAAACUCAAUCACGGUUUUACCAAAACACCAAAGCUCAGCUGAAAAACUGACUCUCAGGACAGGAGACUCAGAGGAGGGGGCGGGAUUAGAGACUUCACUGACCAAUCAGGACGCUGACAACGCUAGAGUGACGGAGUCCAUCGUCCAAUCAGAGGAUCAGACAGCUCUCGAGUCGUCCUCUAAAGCCUCAGACUCUCAGGACAAGAGGAAAGUCAAGCGGAGUCAACAUUUGGGACCGUCUGAUAUCUAUCUAGACGACCUCUUAAGUCUUAACCCUGAAGUCGCUGCCCUCUAUUUCCCCAAGAGCGAGGCAGAGUCGUCGGAUCUGCGCUCGUCCCACCCGUCGGAUCCGUCUCCUCCCUCGGGUCAGCUUUCCCCUCAGUCUCUGGGCAGCACCAACGCAGACAGCGGCACUGAGUAUCUGUCCGACUCCACGACUGACACUUUGGACGUCACCAUGUCUCUUUGCGGGAGAGGAGACAUCAGUCAGAUCAGUAAAGAGAAGUUUACAGAGCAUCUUGUCAAGUAUCAAGACUUUGUCAACAACCCUGGAAUAAUUGAAGACCCAAACCUGGUCAUCUGCAUCAACUCAAAGUAUUAUAACUGGGCUGUUGCUGCUCCAAUGAUUCUGUCAGUUCAAGCUUUCCAGAAGACUUUACCAAAGAGCACCAUUGAGCAACUAGUCAAAGAUAAGAUGCCCAAGAAGUCAGGCCGCUGGUGGUUCUCCUGGAGGAGGAAAGAAUUGAACAAUAUUGCGGGAAACACAAAGGCCGACUCAGAAGGGAAUCAGCUUGAAGCAUCUGCCGCUGUUCCUGGACCCUCUUCCCUGAAGAGUUCUGUUGAACUCUCGAGCGAUGAGGAUGGUUCUGUGUCCAUGAUGAAGACCAGUGAGAUGAUGCAGUGCAUCAGUCAGAUGUAUCGCAAAUCCCUCCGGCUGACCUCUGAACAGAUCGAGAGUCUAAAUCUGCGUGAAGGGGCCAAUAAUGUUGUGUUCAGUGUGACCACGCAGUACCAGGGCACCUGCCGCUGCGAAGCCGCCAUUUACCUGUGGAACUAUGAUGACAAAAUCAUCAUCUCAGACAUCGAUGGAACCAUCACUAAGUCAGAUGCGCUGGGUCACAUCUUACCGCAGCUGGGGAAAGACUGGACUCAUCAUGGCAUCGCUAAACUAUAUCACAAAAUACAUCAGAAUGGUUAUAAGUUCCUGUACUGUUCGGCUCGAGCGAUAGGCAUGGCAGACAUCACUAAGGGUUACUUACAGUGGGUCAAUGAUAGAGGAACUGUCCUGCCCAAAGGACCAGUGCUACUGGCUCCCAGCAGCCUGUUUUCAGCCUUACACAGGGAGGUGAUUGAGAAGAAGCCGGAGGUGUUUAAGAUCGCCUGUCUCACUGAUAUCAGAGAUCUGUUCAGUCCCAUCAGACAUCCCUUCUACGCAGCCUUCGGCAACAGAACUAACGAUGCAUACGCUUAUAAGGAGGUUGGUGUGCCUGAAACUCACAUAUUCACUGUCAACCCGAAAGGAGAACUCAUACAAGAAAAGACCAAAGGAAACAAGUCCUCCUACUCUCAUCUCAGCGAGAUGGUGGAUCACUUCUUCCCUUUCUUCUGUAAAGAUUCCUCCACGUCCUUCAACUGUCCCGAGUUCAGCCAUUUCUCGUUCUGGAGGGAGCCGUUGCCUCUGCUGGAUCUCGCCGAUCUGAUCUAGUCUGGUUUAACUCCACACCAAUCAUCUCUCAGUGACGAUCUAUUACCUCUUUCUCAACACUUCUUCUUUAUAUAGAGCCGAAUGUGUCUGUGCAUUUACAGCGAAACCUGAUGUAGCAUUUAAACUGGAGAUGUACACACACAAGUCUGCGAGUC